UGCCGAUUGCUACAGAUGUCGCCAUCACGUCUUGAUCGCCUGACUCUUUCCGGGAGUGCUGCUUGUAGUACUACCCUCAUCGAUCCUACUCAUUAAUCCUGCUCUAAAAAAUCUUGCUCACAUUAAUCCCCUCAUGUUCGUUUCUGUGUAAUUCCUCCUCAACUACUCGUCCGACGAUCACGAUGGCCGACACGCUUUUAGAGCUCGCGUGCCCAGGCUCCUCCGCAGCCGACCCGCCUCGUUCGGGCCUAAACGCCGAGCGCGGGCCGGUUACAAUCUCGCCUUCCCCCGCGUUUCGCGCUGCGCCUCUUCAUCCCGCCGAUCUCGGCGCCGUUGCCGCCGCUGCGGCCGCAUCAUCGGCUGCGGCGGCUGCGGCAAGAGCUUCUCCGAUUUUCGCGCCGCCGCCGUCGCUCGCGGCGUUCAAAGCGUCGCUAGAGGCUCGGUCGGCGCUGCAGCCUGGCUGCGUGUUGCCGAACCUCCCGACGAACCUGUCCCAAAGCCUGCUUGCCGAGCUUGCCGGCGUUGCAAGCGCCGGCCAGUCUGCAGCAGCCGCAAACGCCGCCGCAACCAACGGCGGGCCUUCCGCCGCAGGAGCCGGCAGCGGUGGCGGAAUGAGAAUGGACGAAGCCAUUAUGGCCCUUCAGCCGUUAGUUCGACUGGGGAUGCAACAGCAGCAGCAGCAGAAGCAGCAAGCGCAGGCGCAGGCGCAAGCAGCGCAAGCGGCACAGGCGGCGCAAGCAGCGCAAGCGCAAGCGCUUCUGCCCGCGCUGCUCCAGCAAUACGCGAACCUCCCGUCCUUCGUCCGCAAUCUCAAGCAGCAAGAUUCAGCCGCCGCCGCCGCCGCCGCCGUCGGGUUGCACGGCGCUCGACUCGAUAUCGCCGCACGUGCCGCGCAGGGCGGCUCGUCGGCCGCGGCGGCUUUUCAGCAAGCCGUUCUCCGCGAUAUCGCUCGAGCAACCGCCGCUUCCGGCGCAGCUAUCGGCGGCCCUGCCGGCGACGCCGGCGGUGCUGCCGGCGCGUCGGCUGCGGCGAAUCUUCCUCCCAAACGCGGCUCGGUCGGUCGGGACCUGGACAAUCGCGAUGCGGCGGCGGUUGGCGCGUCGGCGGUGCGGCCGGACGCGGCGGACUUGAAACUGACCGUCGGAUUCGGCGGAUCGCCCGGCGGGGGAUGCGGCGACUUCAACCAGGAUACUUAUCGCCAUCGCGAGACGCUGCCGGACGACGCGAACGACGAACACGCCCGUCGCACGCGCGAGAACCGUCGCGUCGCCGCCGACGCGGGCGACGCCGGCGACAGCUCGGGCGACAGCAACGUGGAGACCUGCCCGGGGCAGCAGCGGGGCGCGGGGGCGGGGAACGGCAGCCCCGCGGGAAAAUGUAGUCCGGGGGGCCCCGGGGGAAGCAGCGGCGGAACCGGCGGGGGAGCGGGCCGGGCGGGGAUGAAGCGGAGCGCGGGCGCGCUGGGGUCGGAGCUGGAUCUGGACGGACUCGGGGGGGACGCUGCGCGCUCGGUGCGUCCGCGGACCGUGGCGGAGCGGAAGAGGCGGAACAACAUCAGCCACCGCCUGGAGCAGCUGAAGGCGGCGAUCCCCCUGUGCAACCCGCGCAUCACCACGGAAACGCUGCUGUGCGAGACGCUGACGUACAUCGACGCGCUAAAGGCCAAAAUCCGCAACUUGCAGGCCGAGAAGGCGAACCUGCUGGAGCACGUGCUCACUCUGCAACCACUCGUGUAACAAUCCUUGUUGUUACCGCCAGGCGCUGCCUCCGCCCUGCGUUUUUUUUAAGUAAGGUGACAAAAGAAUCAUAUGGUAUUUUUAACGGCUUGCUGUGCGAGAGACGGGUGGGUGGUCCAAGCCUGGAGCUGUCUGUUUCUCACCACCUGCCUGCACUACAGUCAGCAGCAGCAUCAGCCUCACCUACUACCUACCGACCCCAUUGCUCAGUGCCGUCAACUACCAGCCUGCUUUCCUCCAACCAACCCUCCUGCUUCAUGGAGCUCCACUCGCAAUGCUGCGCAUCUUCUAAGACGUGCCCAAGGAACGCUUCUAUGCCUGCCCUGCAGCAACUGCUUCUGCCAUGCAGCCGAUGCUGCGGGGCUGAGCUGCUUCUAGUGACCAGAGCCGAGCAGAAGGAGUGGCUGAUAGGCAGACCUGGUGAAGGGAGAACUGCGAAAAUGAGCGCCUGCUGGAUGGCUGGACGGCUGGACGGCUGGACGGCAGGAUGGCUGGAUGGCUGGACGGCUGGAUGGCUGGAUGGCUGGACGGCUGGACGGCUGGACGGCUGGAUGGCUGGAUGGCUUCAUUUUUCCUUCCGUGAAACCUCCCUCUGCUCACCUGCGACCUCCGUUUUGAUGGCCUUCUUUUUUGUAGUCACCUACAAGGGGCAUCUGGUCCCUUUCUCCCUUGUAGCAAACUCUAGAGCAUCGCCAUCGCCAUCAUCACCCUCAUAGAUGUUGUCACCAUCGUCUCAACCAGCCCGAUGCCCACUCUACCGUCGCUGUCGGCGCAGCCUAUUCAGCAGCACGACGUGCCAUGCAGCAACAUGUGCCACGAGCCCAAGCCCAAGCCCCAUCGCGCGCAACCUUGGCAUGUCAUCUUCCCUCCUUGGCAUGUCAUCUUCCCUCCUUGGCAUGUCAUCUUCCCUCCUUGGCCACUUUUGCCUAACGGCUGCAUCCCACUGUCUCCAGCCCUGGCCGAUCCUCCUCUUCGUCCUCCGUUCCUCCUCCGCUCCUCCUCCGCUCCUCCGUUCCUCCUCCGCUCCUCCUCCGUUCCUCCUCCGCUCCUCCUCUCGCCACACUGCUUCAAGGAUGUGCUGAGACGGGGGCCUAAAGGUGUCAUUCUAGGGCAGAUCCACACCAUACCAGUGUCCUCGAAGCCUCAUCCACACCUUUUUUUCUGGCCGCAAAGCCUUGCUGCUGCUGCUCCUGCCGCUGCAUGCGCCUCUGCAGCGGAUUCCAGCCACGCCUGCUUCUGUUUGCGAUGCCUUGCGUCCUGCUUUUCCGGGCUUCGCCUCUCCAGGCACGCUGUUCUGGACUCUGCAGAAGCGCUAGUGUUUUGCGUGCUGCAUGCUGCCUGUUGCCUGAAGCAAUGUUUACCUGGUGUGCAUCACGUGUGGUGCAUGAGGUCUGGUGUUGGGUGGCUUCCUGCCUUCUUUCUGCCGCCCUGCCUGUGUGUAUUAAUUUGCCUAGAGUAGUUAGUUACCCUUACAGCUGCUUGUGUUCACCCAUGAGUCUGAUCUAAACCAAACACAUCC